CACUUACUGGCAUCAGUAUAUCCUCCAAGUAGCGUACGGCAGUAGUUCAAAAUGUUCAAACCAACUAGCUUCUCUAUUGUGGUGCUCGCUUUGACCUUUGGUCUGGUCAUUGCAAGCGUGGAAGAGGAACCACCACAACAGAUCGAAGCCAAGCUGGAAGUUGUUCCGGACAUUGCCGCCUUCAAAGCCGCUCAUCCUGAGCUGGAUGUUGUCCCGCUGAAUGCAGUUCGAAACAAUCGCUUUCAGAUUGUGUACACCCUCGGAAAUCGAUUGUCAGGUGACCGAUUGGUGGCCACAAGUCAGGACUACUCGUCGUGGACCACAUUGCAGGAUGUGGCAUUGAAUCUGCGCUAUCCACAGACUGGAACCGGAGCAGUGGUUAGUUUUGUGCAAAUAGUGGUGAAUCAGAGUUCCAACCGGGGUCGCGGUUACGUUGUUUCCGGUGGAGUUGGCCAACGAUAUAUCCAGCUGGUUGUCGAGGCGUACGCCACCAGCUACUUCCAAUACAGUGCACAGAUCUAUGGAUAUUAGCGGUAGUCGAAUAUGUUGUGUAAUAUUUCGUGAAUAUUUAGUUUAAAGAAAUAUAUGCCAAAACUUCGUUUGAUAAAAAAA